AUGGCAGGAAAAUCAUCACUUUUAAAAGUAAUUCUCCUUGGAGAUGGUGGAGUUGGGAAGAGUUCUCUUAUGAACAGAUAUGUAACUAAUAAGUUUGAUGCCCAGCUCUUCCAUACAAUAGGUGUGGAAUUUCUAAAUAAAGAUUUGGAGGUGGAUGGACAUUUUGUCACCAUGCAGAUUUGGGACACAGCUGGUCAAGAACGAUUCCGAAGCCUGAGGACGCCUUUUUACAGAGGCUCUGACUGUUGCCUGCUUACUUUUAGUGUUGAUGAUUCACAGAGUUUCCAGAACUUGAGUAACUGGAAGAAAGAAUUCAUAUAUUAUGCAGAUGUAAAAGAGCCUGAAAGCUUUCCUUUUGUAAUUUUGGGCAACAAGGUCGAUAUAAGCGAACGGCAAGUGUCUACAGAAGAAGCUCAAGCUUGGUGCAGGGACAACGGCGACUAUCCUUACUUUGAGACAAGUGCAAAAGAUGCCACCAAUGUUGCAGCAGCCUUUGAGGAAGCAGUUCGAAGAGUUCUUGCAACUGAGGAUAGGUCUGAUCACUUGAUUCAGACAGACACCGUCAAUCUUCAUCGAAAGCCCAAGCCUAGCUCAUCCUGCUGUUGAUCGUUAGAUAGAUGGUCAGUGCAUUCUAACCAACUCACACAUACACACAUGGUGGACAAGGGUGGAUAAGAGAAUUAGGAUUUGCAGCAGUGUGUCAUGUACUAAUAAAAUUAAUGUAUGUCGCUGCUUCAUUAGUUGGUGGGAGAAGGGACGCAUCCACUCUGGAAGAAUCAAUUUACUCAGUAAUGGCACCUUGCCUUUCUAAAUUGUAACUGUUGUCUAAUGUUUCUUUGAAUAUGUAAGUUAGAGCUAAUAAGAAAUGACCAAGACUUUAAUUAUAAUUAAACAAAAAUUGACUAUUCUAGAAGAUACACUUGGAUUGUUUUUUCCCAGGAAAAGGGAAAACUACUUUUCUAUGUGUAUAUUUUUAUGUAAUUAGCAUUCUAUUCUUGGUUCAAGGGAAAAAUCUAAAGCAAUAAUGUUAUAAUAUUAAAGAUCAAAGUCUAAUGCAUUUAUAUUGGAUUGCUUUUUGAGUAUGUUUUCAUCUCUUUAAGAUGAUUUGAAACAAGAAAGGUCCUAUUCAUUCACAGGUUCAUUAGAAUUGAUCUCACAGCUGCUCCCCACUUGUGUGCUGUGCAGGCACCCAACACCUCCCCCUCAUGCUGAAGCUUUGCUGUAUUACUCUUGGAGGAAGCAGUUGGAAUUGUACUUUGUGAGAGGGUACAGGAUAAUAGGGUGUCUUGGUUUACUCAGCUACUUAAUAAAGCGAGCACACUUGGUGUCUUCUCUCUUGCUCCGCA